AUUCGGGGAGGAAGACGAGAGAGAAUCGUUGGCGCAAAGAUAUUAUGGAUGUGGAUUCGUAUCCGAGCCACCGUUGCGAUUGCAACCUCAAAUUUUUGUUCUCUGUAGAAGUGUGGGAGGGGGAGAAGGCGAGGAGGCGGCUUGAUGGAGCUUGGCCUCGGAGUUGGUUUCUUUGGGGUCAGAUUGCCUGAGCUAAGCAACAGUUCGCCAAUUGCUCUUCUUCCAAGAGGACGCUAUUCCUUAUUUCACCAGCCCCGGCUUGUUUUCAAGAGAUCUCUUUCAGUAUCAGUUUCACGAAGUUCCCUUCCAGAAGGUGGACUUUACGGAGAAGAUGUAAUGCGGAUUUUUCUCAAGGACAGACAGUUGAAUGGGGACUUCAUAUCUAAAGUUUCUGAUAUGCUAUGGUUAUGGAGGAAGGAAAAUUCAGAAUUUUCUGAGGUUGAAGCUAACACCUUGCAAGAAGAUAAUCCGAAUAAUGGUCAGGUGAUGGAUACUAAUAGUGAUAGUGGGUUUCUCAAGCUUACAAGUGCCAGAGAUUGGAUUUCUGGUCGAAAUUCUGCACCAGUUAACAAGAAAGCAGUAGCAAAGAAUUGGCAGAAUGAAAGCGAGACAAGGAAGAAACUCAACCUACUCAAAUAUGAAGUGCUUAAACGAGAACUGCUGUUUCUGACCAUUGGGAUUGGAGUUGCUUGCAGUGGAUAUUGUUUGGUCAUCCUCUCUUUACAGGCAUCUCUCAGUUAUGCUUUUGGAGUCCUUCUCAGUUGUUUGUACCUCCAGCUUUUGUAUCACCAUACUGACAAUGUGUCGAAGGAAUCUGUUCCUGAAAUAUUUUUGCAGAAGAAAAUAAAGAAAAUUGGAAUAAGAAGUGAGGACAUCAAGAAUGUGUUUGAGAAAACAAUAGGUGGAAUCGCCAUAUCGCUUUCUUCACCCAGGCUUGUGAUUCCUGCUGCAAUAUAUGGAUUAUGGGUCCUCUCGCAACAUUUUGCCAAUGAUUAUUUUGAUUUUCAGUUCUCUUCUGUGGAUGCACAGCUAGUUCCAGGGAUGUUUGGUUUUUUGGCUUAUAAAGCUGCAGCUUUAGUCCAAGUAUACAGAGAUAACGAAGACCUACUCUUGAUAUUUCCAGACGACGACACUAAUAGUAGCUGAGAUGUGCAUAUUGCAGCACUCGGAAGUGUUCAUUUGUUCUACAGUUGCCCUCAUGAGUUUCUGGCAGAUCUCAGUGAGCAGAACCUUCAAUAGAAACAUUUUUCAGAUGCCAACAACUCUUCUCAAAGUAAGCAAAGAAAGCAGGUGAUGCACAUCCAUGUUUGUCGAUAUGUUGUUGAAGAGCUUAAAAUAGCAAAUUUGCUUGUCUUUCUUGUGUUUCAAUUGUCUGUUUACUUGGAGGAAAACUGCUUCCCCACAAUGCCUUUGAUAAAUAUUUCUGUCGUCGUCGUGUUUAUCAAUCUGUAGUGUUUUUUUUUGUCUUCGAAAUGUGUGAUGAUCGAUGAGUAUGAUAUGGUUGAUACAUAGAAUGCAUUGUGUGCUUUGCCA